AAUCAAUUGAUUGAUUCCUCUUGGGUAGUCUACACAUGGGCAUUUAUUAUUCCUAAAAAAGUUUAUUUAUCAUUCAUCUUUUCUACAUUCACUUUUCAUCACUAAAAGUUUUGUCCCAACAUUUCCUCAAAUACCUUUGUUUCAUGUCAGGACAGGUAUGCAUGGUGAUGCGGGUUAAUCUGGAUUGCCCUUCAUGUUGCAGGAAAAUGAGAAAGAUCAUUCUCCGAAGGAAAGAAAUAGAGAUGCACCUGAUAGAGAAGCAACACAACAGAGUAAGCAUAUUCGGACGGUUCGAUCCGGCAGAUACAGCUAUAAGAAUCAGGAAAAAAAUGAACCGGAGAGUAGAGAUUUUGGACGUUCGAUUACCUGAAAACGGGGAUGGACAGGCUGAGGAGAUGCAUCAUGCCCCAGGUGGCACUGAUUAGUCUAUUGCGCAAUAAAACUUGCCUUUUAAACUAAUUCUGUUUCAUGCUAAGUAAAAGUUACAAUAACACAAUCAGAGAAUGACAUGCUCAUUACAGAUUUGGCACUUCUGAUGGGCAGGUCAACUCUGCAGCUUGUACAGGGGAUGUCUUUUAUUCCAAGUUGUAUGUUCAAAAGUGUAGGCUACAUGUUUUAGUAAAAAGAAUUUGUUGGUUUA